ACGGCAAUUUCCUCGACUUUCUGCCCUUUUACUCUUCCAUACUUCUUUCCUUCGCGCUGACGCUUUGGUGGUGGGAGAAGAGGGGGAGCACUACGCACCCAUGCGCAUGGUAGUCCUCAGCCCAUCUCUCCUCCGUCUUCAAUCCUCCAUCCCUUGAAAAACCUCUUCUUUCUGAUCUACAGGUUUUACGAGAUAUUGUGCAUUUUCAGUUCAUCUUCAUCAGGAAGACGUCAUCUAAUCCUUACGUUUUGGGAUUUCUCAUUGUCUAAGAAAAGAUGUCCCACAGCGAUACUGUUCCGCUCCAUCCUUCAUCCCAGUCAGACAUAGAUGAGAUUGAGAACCUGAUAAAUGCCAGUGUCACAUCUGCGCCCGCCACAGUACUUCCUGCAAGACCCCCUAGUCCUCCCAGAGCUUCCAUCCCUGUAUCCACGACCCCCUUUAUACAAUCAGACAUUCCCCCUGCAUAUCAGAAGCCUUCACCAGCUCCCAUUCCUGUUCCACGUGCACUACCAUCCGAAAACCAAUCAAGUUCUCGCCCGAGUAUUGCUGCUACAGGGUUCGGGCCGGCCCCCAACACUUUGACUGAGCCUGUGUGGGACACAGUGAAGAGAGAUAUGUCUCGGGUCAUUAGCAAUCUGAAACUCGUGGUGUUUCCGAACCCGUAUCGUGAAGACCCCGGGAAAGCUCUUAGGGAUUGGGAUCUAUGGGGUCCAUUUUUCUUCAUUGUCUUCCUUGGCCUUACUCUAUCAUGGUCAGCAUCAGUGAAGAAGUCGGAGGUUUUCGCUGUUGCGUUUGCCGUCCUUGCAACAGGUGCUAUAAUUCUCACAUUGAACGUGCUACUCUUGGGAGGGCACAUAAUCUUCUUCCAGAGUCUCAGCCUCCUCGGCUACUGCCUAUUUCCACUGGAUGUCGGGGCUGUAAUCUGCAUGCUGAAAGACAAUGUUAUAAUCAAGGUGGUUGUGGUGGCAAUAACGUUGGCGUGGAGCUCUUGGGCUGCCUACCCAUUCAUGAGCGCAGCUGUCGCCCCAAGGAGAAAAGCACUCGCUCUCUAUCCGGUUUUCCUCAUGUACAUCUCCGUCGGUUUCCUCAUCAUUGCCAUAGAUUAAGGCAUCAAGUGGUCGAUGGUCUUAAAGAGGUUUUAUUUUUUGUUCGACCCUUCAAUAUCACAUACAGAUUUAUAGUCAUUUUACAUGUUCGCAGUUCGGGUUUUUAAGGAAGUGAUUCUUGGAUUUUGAUCUGUUUUGAUGAUGGGUUUGUUUAGAAGACUUGGGACAGACUAGGACAUGCGCUUGAAAUAGGCAUUUGGUUGCAGUUGUAUAAGAUGGUUUUACAUGAAGUGUAUCUUAUGAUUUGCUGUGAUUUUUCCAAA